UGAAACAGGAUAGUAUAAAAGGAGGAAGAACGCGCAGAAGAGUUUCGAAUUUCAAUAGCGACGAAGGAUAGAGUGAGAGAGAGAGUUUUCGAGAAGAAUUUGCAACAGCCAACGCCUAAACCCCCAUAUACGUACGUUUUCAGUGAGUAACACAUGGAUAACACAGAAGCUGAAGAGCAAUUAGCUUCAGAGAUGCUGCUGAAUCAGAAACUCGAAGAAUUGGAUGAGGCUUAUCAAACUAAGAUUUCCCAUGUCUAUGACUAUGCCAAUUUUACUCUUCCGAAAGAUUUUUUUAAAUGUGGAUAUGAGUGCUUUGAUGGAAGCAAAAGGCAGGAAGAAGUAAUCAAUUGUGUCAAUAAUUGCGCUGAUCGUCUUACUAAAGUGCAAAAAGCUUUGAAUAAUGAGAUAAACAUGUUUGAGCAGAAGAUGGGUAAAUCAGUUUUGGUGUGUCAACUAAAGCAUGACGAAGCUAAGCUCCAACAGAAAGCUGGUGCUGGGCCUGAUUUGGUUUCCUGUCUUGACCAGGCAAUCCAGGAAAACAUCAAGUUUCUGCCAGAUAUUAACAAGCUGAAAGCUGCCUUUGGAAUUAGUGACGAUAGCUCGUAGCUUAUUUUUCCAGGGGGAAAAGACUACUAUUGUUAAUAGUUCUUUGCAGCUUUAUUUUUUUGUUUCCUUCCAUACAUUUUUAACCCCACACGCAAAUCAAAGUGGGUGCAAACCAAACUUGCAUUACAAACAGAUAGUUAUGGUGCUUUCUAAA